AUGCAUACUGGGGAUAACAUCCCUUCUGUUGAAAAUAAGAUAACUUUAAGGGAAAUUAAAAAAAUUAUGUAUGAACAUUUUCAUAAUAAACCAGAAAUUGCAAAUCAAGAUUUAUUUGAAUCUAUUCAAGAGUUUAUAAACAAAUUAACUCUUCACGCGAAUAACGCAAAUUCAGUUCAAAACUCUGAGAUUGAUGCGAAUAGACCUAAAGGACAAGAAAUGAAGCAAGUCCAGCAAAAUAGUAAAAGGGAUGCUUUUUAUGAAAUAUGCAACAAACCUCUUCCGGAUCCGGCUCAAAAUCUAGAAUCAUCAUCCGAGGGACCUGAGCAAAUUCCCAAUCCAACUAACGAACCUAAUAAUGAUAAAGCAGAAUCUAAAGAAAUCAAAUCUUUAAAAAAAGAAAUUAAAACUUUGAAGGAUGAAAAAGAUGGUUACAUUAAAGAAUUUAAAUCUUUUAAGGAUAAAAGCGAAAGAGAAAUUAAAUCUUUGAAGCAGGAAUGUGAUAAACAUAAAACCGAUUAUAACAAACUUUUAACAGAGCAUAAUAAUAACGUUGUCCUUUUUAAUAAAGAAUACGAAGCUCAAAAAACGAGAUAUGAAAAGGCUCUAGCGAACUGGAGAGAAAAUUAUGAUCAUUUAAACGAGCAAUUGAAUAAUAAAAGAAAGGAAUAUAAUAAGCUAUCUCAAACGAACGAUGCAUUAAGAGAAGAAGCUUCCCAAUAUCAAUCAGCUUUAGGAGAUGCUAAGAAUUAUCGUUUGGGUGAUAAUGAUGCUAAUAACCCUACUCAGCUUACAAAAGAUAUCGAAAUCAUACAAGAUUCUAUCAGUAUUUUCUGUAAAUUAAAGGGAGGAGUUGACAUAAAUGAGCAACAAUUAACGGUGCUUUUGGAAAAGUAUAAAUGUAAUAUAGAAGAACCUGGAGACAAGGUUCUUCUUAAAGCUGCCUUACAACGUUAUAUAAUCGAAACUAUCAUAAAGAAAACUGAAGAAUAUUUAAAAAAGGAAUUAACCCCUGAUGAAAAGAACAAACAUAUUGAAUUAGAAGUUAUCAAUUCCACGUUUAAUUAUUUAACAACAAUAAAGCAAUUGAUCUAUACUCGAAAAGGCACGGACGAAGUAAGUACCGCGGCUCCAACAAAAAUAAGACAACUUGUCACGGCGGUGCUUGGGGAUCGUGGAUUUUGUUUAGACAAUGAUGGUAAGGAACAUGAGUUCGUUCAGGAACUCAAAAUAGAAAUUAUUGAAAUAAUGAACGGCCUUCGUACAAUAAAAAAAGAUGAUAAAAGAAAAGAAAAUGAAGAGUUGGCAGCGGAAAUCAUUAGAAACGUCAUCAAAAUGUUUAUUUUCCGUAUAAAAGUUUUAGAGCCACCAGGUGAAAUCGAAUGGAUCGACAACGGUGCAAAAAUAGAUCCAACAACAAUGGAAAUAGGAAAUUUAGAAGAUGAUGAUCAUGAAGAUUAUACUGUAAAUUUAUGUAGUUUCCCUUUAAUAGGUGUAAGCUUGAAUUCAGAAAAAGAUCGUAAAGUCCUUGUUCCUGCAAAAAUCAUUGCAAUUAAACCACCUAAAGCUGAACAAGCCACCAUAUCGAAUAAGCUCAAAAACAUGUUUGGGAAAUCAUGA